CACUUUUUUUACUGCCUUUCUCUCUCUAGGUUUUACUCCUCCGUCGUCUAGAUUUUCUCCACCACCAGCCACCGUCCUCCGUCGGCUACAUCGUCCUCGUCAUGGCAGCUACCUUAGAUACAGAUGUGAACAUGAUACCAGGAGGUGAAACACCAUCAACAGCUGUUGCUGGUCCUUCUUCGUGUUGUUCUUCGAAGCAAAACAACAAACCUAAAAGAUUUGAGAUCAAGAAGUGGAACGCUGUCGCUCUUUGGGCUUGGGAUAUUGUGGUGGAUAAUUGUGCGAUUUGCAGGAAUCACAUUAUGGAUCUAUGUAUUGAAUGUCAAGCAAAUCAAGCAAGUGCGACCAGUGAGGAGUGUACUGUCGCUUGGGGGGUUUGUAACCAUGCCUUCCACUUCCACUGCAUCAGUCGUUGGCUCAAGACUCGCCAAGUUUGUCCAUUGGAUAACAGUGAGUGGGAAUUCCAGAAGUACGGUCACUAGUAGUGCUACACUGAUGACAAGCAAGUCAAGAUAUAGGACCUGUAUCUUCUUUCUUCACUCUGACAACUCUUGUAGUAAAGCCUGGAUCUGAAUUCUCAUGCUUUUGCAUGAUUUUGUUUUAUUUUUUGCUCGAUCAUCUUGAAUUUUUGGGGUGUGAAGUUUCUCCAGUUCCAUUGAAAUAUUAAAACUCAUUUAAGAUGUUAAUUAGUUACUAAGAAUACGUUGUGAGUAAUGUUUUUUCUCACUUUGUCUCCCGAUGGAGACAUUAAUGUGAUCAUAGUGAACUGAAGUCAUCUGUCUCUUUAUAUUUGAUCUUC